AUGUCCGACUCCAAACCAACCUUUACCAUAUCCCGGGCCUCGCCGGGCGAUGUGCCGCGGAUCGGCGAGAUCUCGACCCGCGCCUUUGACAAGGACACAAAUUCACAGAUGAAAAUCAUGGGUCAGCGGCCCGGCGCGUUUGCGCAAGGCAUGGUUGCGGGCGCGCGGUCCUGGCUAGAGUCGCCGCGGGCCGUGCUCAUCAAGGCCACCGACGACCGGGACGGCACCAUUGUGGGGUCCUGCGCCUGGGGGUUCCGGGGCGUGGAGCUUGACCCUUCGCCCGGCGCCGAGACGGACAAGGACGUCCUCUCUGGUCGACGGGAAAAUGGGGACGAUGACAGUACAGCAGCGAGUGCAGGCGAGGAUCAGACUGAGCCCCCCGGAGCCGAGAAAAUCAAGGCGCUCGAGGGCAUGACGAGUAAGCACUUGUUUGACUUCAUGGGCAAGCGGAUGCCCGAGGGCUCCAAGUGCAUCUUUAUCGGCGGCAUCUCGGUGGACCCGCGCUACGAAGGGCUCGGGGUUGGCUCGCAGCUGCUCCGCUGGGGCACCGAGCAGGCGGAUCGGCUGGGCGCCUUUUCGUGGGUGCACUCGUCCGAGGCUGGCUGGGUACUGUUCAGCAAGCACGGGUAUGAGGAGGUUGAUCGUCUGACUUUUGAUCUAGACGAGUGGGCUGUCGGACCGCCGCCGGCGGAUGGCGUGUUUGCCGGACGGGAGAAGUGGGGAGAGUAUACGUUCCGGUACGGGUUGAGGCAGCCUGUCAAGGUGUCGGAAUAG